AAUGACGUUACGAUAGCUAUACUGUGGUGCCGCCAUACAUCACUCUCUAUUAGUUCGCUGGACUGUGUGCAAAAGAGUUGAGGUUCAAUCUAGCCGCCGCAUACUACAGGCUGCUAGUAGUGUGUGAAUCACUGUUUCGUACACACCAUGCCUUCAGUGCAAGACGUGCUAGCCCACCAAGCCCGUGACGAACGACUUAGCUUCUACAGCUCGCCAAGAUUCUGUCGACGGAGUCGACUGGAUAACGAGUUGGUCCGUGAGAAACCAGACGAAUUCGGCUGGCUGAGGGCAUUCGAUCCGAAGAGGUGCGUCUCGUCGAAGUUACCGCCCGUCAUGGCGAGCAGCAAGACCCCACCCCGUCCGGCGUCCGCGUGUAUGAUCGGACGCACGCGGACGCAGUCCGAUGCGGACUCGGCAUCACUCAGCGAUAAAGACUGUUCUAAUUCCAUCCCACGUACUCCUCCAAUUGAUGGUGGUAAGUCAACAACCAACCCCACCCAGCGACGAAACAGGCGGCCGAUAUCACUCGUCAUGGACAAUCACAAAUCGUUGAGUAGUUUAGACGUGAACUCAAACGACAACUACCCUAAACCCAAGCAGGAGCGGGAGGUAUCCACCGGUUCGCCACGCUCUAAGAAAUUCCUCUCCGUUGAACGGAGCGCUGUGGAGAGCCUGAGCAAAAGUUGCGGUGAUUUGAGGCAGGGGGACACCGAGUCGCCAUCUUUCAUGAGGCAACUUCACCAACAGCUUCCGGACCCACUGCGAUGCCCGAGUCAUUUAUCCCUUUGUUCGGUCCAAGUAUCCACCCCAACCCAGACCGACUCCCACGCCGGUAGUCGGGUCAGCUUACUCUCUGAAGGAGUGGACUCGUACGAAGGACUUUACGAGCGUGCAUACCGAGCAACGUUCGUGGUGGGCUCGACCGAGUUGCCGAACAUUGCCGAAGGUAAGAAGGAACGAGAGAGGAUGGUUCGCGAAUGGUUAGCCAAGCAAGCUGAGGCCGAGGAUACGGGGAUUAAUGUCAAUGGACCCUCUUCGUCCUAGUACAUCCCAAGUAUCGCCAUCAAGGUUUCUUGCCUUUUGACCUCGGACUGAGAGCGAGGCCACAACAAACUUUUUCAGGGAAGACAUUUACCAUUUAUUAUGGCCUCCCAAUUUACGCCGCACACCAACAGGGCCUAUCUUCACUAAAGCAAAGCAUAACAAAACUUGCUAAUAACAGACAUUUAUUGCUUAGCAGAAAUGGGUCACCAGCCAAAAUACAGUUUACAUUGCUGCAACUGGUACUCCACUCAAUUCUCGCUUAGCAAAGAAUAUGUGCUACGCGAAAUUAUCUGAUGAACAGCUUUAUGAAAUUUGGGCCCAAAAUAAUGUGUGAGCGUGAACUUUAUUUUAUAUUUUGUAUCCAUAUAAUGCUAGUAUUAUAUUAGCCUUCUUCCACCUUUGGGUUCAAGGCCUUGUAAUCCAGCCGUAACAAAAUAAUAAUUUCUUGAAAUGUGUGAAAAUAAUUAUGUCUUAUUUGGAUAUUAUAUCUAUAUCUCCCACCGUUGAGUGAUGCAGGGGGCCCAUUCAUAGAGCUGCUAAAAGCAAAAAGGCAACCAAGCACAACAAUGCUUACCAGAUUAAAGGUAACCAGCCAAAAUACCAGUCACAACCAUGUACAGUCUGUGGCUGGUAUCCUGCUUAAUUUUGCUUAGUAGACAAUUGCUGUCUAAGCGGCUCUAUGGAAUUGGGCCAAAAGGUAAAUUGAUUUUUUUUAUAAUAAUUAACAGGUAUUUUACUUAAGUGUUAUUAUGUGAUUUGGUACUCACGUUUGAACUCCAACAAAGAGAUUUACAAAUUCUAAAAUCUGUGAAGACUUUUAAAAGUUUAUUUUUAACAUGGAUGUGCAAUAUUGAUCUGGGAAGCAGAAAUUGUAGCAUGUUCUCUUUUCUGCUUCUUUUUAUUCUUUACAUUGAAGAAGAUUCUAGAUAAAAUCAUUAUUUGCCUGUCUGAGCAUCUACGAGAGAUUUAACGCACAUUUUUGACUCCACUUUUUCUACAACAUAUGUAUUCUGCUAAAACAAAGCGUAGCAGGGAAGAAGUCACGGGCGGUUUACAUUGGCUUAUUUAAGCAACAUUUUAUCUGCUUAACAUUUUAUAUUAAGCUGAACGCCACUUUAAGAUUCAGGAUUGAUUUUUGUGUGAGAGUUUCGAAGUUAAGAAUCUUCCCAGUUGUAAACAAUUACACUUUAUUACGUAACAAGUGUAUAAAUAGAUUAUGGUAAUUGUAACCAAUCUUAUGGAGGAGAUUUUAUACUCAAUGUUUAUUCAUGAGAAUGGUAGACUAGACUUGUAUAAUUAUAAAUUUAAUAUUUAUUGAUAAUCUCUAUAAUUAAUAUUGCUGAGACUCCCAGAGUGGUGGGUUAAAAAUUUAAACAAGGUGAAUAUUUUACAGCGCCAUGUGUUGUACACCCCGGAUGGGCCCAAUGACAUAAAGCCUGUGUGAGCACUGAACUUUCUUAGCACUAAAGAAUCAUGCUAAGCAGAAAUAGGUUACCAGCCAAAGUACUAUACAGUUUACAUUGGUGUGUCUGGUAUCCUACUCGUUUCUUGCUGAGCACAGUUUUCUGCUUAAGAUCUUUAUGCUGGGCCCAGUUUUAAAUAGAGCUGCUUAAGCACAAGAAGUAGCUAAGCACUGUCAUUCUGAACCGAAUAAGGUUACAAGCCAAAACAAAAUGGCACAUGUACAAUUUGUGACUGUACCCUGCUAAGUUUGUUUGCUAAGAAAAAACUUUAAGCAUUGUCUGCUUAAGCAGCUCUCUAUUGAACUGGCUCUGUACAACUGCGUUUAUUGAAGCAGACACAGCCUAAGAACCAAACGUGUCCAAAGGUGUCAGUUUAUUUGUGUAAAUAAUUAACAUUUAAUAACACAUUUAUAAACUUCCAGAAACUGCAUAUACAAUAAAAAUAUAUUUUGUGUGUGUAAAGUCUUUACUCAAAGAAACAUUGGUUUCUCUCGUAUCUGCUAAACACUUCUAGCUAGCGAUAACUCGUUAAAGAGGUAAAACAAUUAAUUGUGUGAAUAACUUUUGUUGAUAAUUGUCAAAGACCAGUCUUCGCACUUGGUGUAUCUCAAC